GGACGGUGAAGGAAAAAGAGUCUUGUCAUUAUUCUGUGUUCUGGUUCGCUGAGCCAAGAUGUUUGCAGCAAGGUUAGCCUGUAUGCGGAGCCUGCCUGUGUUGGCCUUCCGCCCAGCAAUAACUCACGGCUCUCCAUUCCUGAGAAAUUCUGCACUGAAAACAAACCAAUGUAUUUUGCAGCCUAACCAGGGUUAUGCAUCAAAAACCAGGUUUGGGUUGCGCCGUGUUAAGUCUGCCCGUGAACAAAUCAAAGAGGCUGCAUUUGAACCAUCAAUGGAUACAGCUGCUCGAUUUGACACAACCGGCAGGCUCAUAGUCGCAGGAGGUGCUGUGGUUGGCCUUGGUGCUCUUUGUUAUUAUGGACUGGGAAUGUCCAAUGAAAUUGGUGCCAUAGAUAAGGCUGUUAUUUGGCCUCAGUAUGUGAAAGAGAGAAUUCGAUCUACCUACAUGUAUUUUGCUGGCAGUAUUGGCCUCACAGCCCUCUCUGCUGUGGCGGUUAGUAGGUCACCUGCUCUUAUGAGCUUGAUGAUGAGAGGCUCCUGGCUGGCAAUUGGUGCAACUUUUGCUGCAAUGAUUGGAGCUGGGAUGUUGGUUCGUUCUAUAUCCUAUGAUCAAAGCCCGGGAGCUAAACAUCUUGCAUGGAUGUUGCAUGCAGGAGUGAUGGGGGCAGUGGUUGCUCCAUUGACUUUGCUUGGUGGCCCUCUGCUGAUUAGAGCUGCUUGGUACACAGCUGGAAUUGUUGGAGGUCUUUCCACUGUGGCUAUGUGUGCACCAAGUGAGAAGUUUCUAAAUAUGGGAGGGCCUCUUGGUGUUGGUCUGGGACUUGUCCUUGCUUCCUCCAUAGGGAGUGCGUUUCUUCCUCCAACUUCUGCUUUUGGCGCUGGCCUUUACUCCAUUGCCAUUUAUGGGGGCUUAGUACUUUUUGGCAUGUUUCUUCUAUAUGAUACCCAGAAAGUCAUCAAACGAGCUGAGACCACUCCAAUGUAUGGUGUAGCAAAAUUUGACCCCAUAAAUUCGUGCUUGGGAAUUUACACUGACACACUAAAUAUCUUUAUACGUGUAGCAAUGAUGCUGGCUGGAGGUGGAAACAGACGAAAAUAAAUCGGUGCUCUGUUAUCAUGUUAUAAUAAUUGUUUGCUCCAAUCACUUUACCCUCCUCCUGGAUGAUAAAAACAUACUGCUUAAACAACAAAAUUAUGCUUCCAAUGGGGCUGCUGAAUAUUUUCUAAACUCUCCAGACAACACUGUGUACUAUGUUCUAAGAUCAAAGCAAAGUAUAGUUCAGAAGCAUCUACCUUUACUUUAGUAACAGAUAUGUUUAUACUUCUCUUGGAGUACCCCUUACAAACAGACAACUAAGGGUAAAUAGGUGCCUGGACAUUUUAUGUUAAUCAAAUAUUGGGAAUUAUUAUCUUGUAGUAUAUUUAAAGCUGGAGCUGUUAAAACAUUGCAAAGAAAAUAACCUGCAUGUCUAAAAUAGUCUUUCAUGCAAUUGCAAAGCUUGUAACAGUUCUAGAGGGAAAAAUAGUCUAAUUUAAUGCUAGUAUUUACACCUGCACAACACAGAACAAACAUAUUUACUUUUCAAAUUUGUUCCCUAAAAUUUGCCAUAGAGAAACUUAAAAAGCAAACUAUUUUUUCCAAGUUCUACAGAUCUUGUUUGACCCCCUAUUAGUUUAAAAUCAGUGUAGAGGAGUGUGAUUAUACAAUGCUCUGUGUCAUAAUUUGAGAUGUUAUUUGUAUUUUUUUGUUAUAUAUUAAAUAAACUAUUAUUUUGUGAAUUUA